AGUCUGAACACUGAAGAGUCUAGGCCCAAAUGAAAAAAUGUGCCAGAAGCCAUAACAGGACAUACAACUGUAAAAUUAAAAUCUUAUUGAGCCGUUGAACUGAACGUGCAGAAAAUGAAAAGGUGCAACAAAGGGAUUCUAGGUAUAAGAAAAGAUCCAAAGAAUCAAAUUUUAUUCUCUUUUUCUGCAAGAGAGGGCGAAGAAUGGCCUUCGGAUGAUUCAGAUUCGGAUUUUGUACCAUCAGAUGAGGAGGAUUUAAGACCAAAACGGAAAAAGAAGAAGAAAACCAAAUCAAGUGAAAAACCAACCACAGAACAUUUCAAGGAACCAAAUAAUUCUGUGAAGACAGGGAAUGCAUGUGCCAGCCUGCCUGAAGAAAUAUGGACUUACAUCUUUCAAAUUAUUGUGAAAGGGAUGGGCCCAUUACCUUUUUUAUGCAGAGCAGCAAAAGUAUGCAAGCUAUGGCGGACUCUUGCAAGUCAUCCAUCUUUGUGGAAAAAGGUUGACUUAUCAUUUGGAUGGAUUUGUCCCAAAAAGGAUACUCUGAGGUGGCUGGUCAGAGAGAGAUUAACUCAGUGCACACAGGUUAAUCUCACAAAUUGGACCAUAACUAAUGACCAACUUAAGAUGGUACUACAGAACUGUCCUGAAUUAAGAAAUAUAAAUUUAUCUCGCUGUAAAAAAUUAUCUCAGGAUGGAUUUACAGCCUUGGUAGAUAACUGUCCAAGAUUACACAAGCUGGAUGUCUCCUUUACAACAAUUAGUGCCAAUGCAAUAAAAGAAAUUGUGGUAAAACAUGGAUCUCAACUGAAAGAACUACAUUUAGGAGGAAACUACUAUGUAAACUUUUCAGCUCUUGCAAACAGCCUAUUUGAAAACUGUCCCAAUGUAGAGGUAUUAGAUGUAUCCAACUGUCGAUUUUCAGGAGAUUAUGAAAGCAUUAAUGUGCAAAAGUUUCAGAUAGGCUGUCCAAAAUUACGAAUCCUUCGAAUGGGGAGUUCUAAAUUCAGAUUAAAGAAAGGGAGUGGAGACCUGACAGGAUUUGAAGAACUAGAAGAGCUGAGCUUGGGAUGCAUAGACAGGAGUAAAAGUGGUGGAAUCAAUACAGCUUUUGUAUAUGAUAUUCUAGUAAAAUCUUCCAAGUUAAAACUGUUGGAUCUUGGAGGUUGCUGGAACAUGGAAGACAUGUCCCCCCUGUUGGGCCUCCCUUUCACUGAACUUGAACAGCUCUAUCUCUCCAGUUCUCCAAUAAGUCUCAAUUACCUACUGGGACCUCUAUUGCAGAAGUGUAGCUUGAGCCUUAGAAUUCUGCACAUUGAUAAAAACAUCUUCAAGGGAGACUCUUUAGUCACUGCUCUACAAGAAUUGUUCACCCCUCAGCGUGGUGCUAGUGUUCUAGAGAUGGUGAACGCUGCAGAAACAAACAUUAGUCAAGCCAGUGUAGAAAAUAUUCUGAGACACUGUGGGAGACUUCACUACAUCAAUCUGUCAUCAUGCCGUGCUCUUCCCAGAGGAAUAAAGCGCGAGUACAAGAAUACAGAGAUAAAAGUACUGAAGUCAUUCUGUGGCAUCAAAUGAACUAUCUGAGUGGUAGAUCGCUACUACAGGUCCUUUCUAACAGUGAUUACAAAAUCAGACACUUUUUAAGAGUGAUUUUGAAAUCAAUCAACAAACUUCAAGUCUUGAUAAAGUUUGCUAACAUGUGAAUAGAUGAAGUUCAAAGAAUUCUGUAUUAAACUCUUAAGACAAUUACAGUUUAAGCAGAUGGAGUCACUCAGGAAUUCCCAUUACCAAAGACUAUAUUAUUUUGGUACAGACUGUUGAUCAUCAGGUAGAAUUACUCAGGUAUUCUGUUAAAAUUCAGGAAUAACAUUAGUCCGGCUGGAAAUGUUGCUCAAGUACAAGAUAAAUUUUUAUCUGGUGCCUGAUAAAUGAACAAAAGUUAUUCUGUAUGAUUAUAUUCUUAACAGAAAUAUUUUAUAUACCGUAUUUUAACUUUAGACCUUUACAUUAAUAUAGAUAUACCUAUUUGUUCUUGAAGCAGUACAUGUA